CAUCGUGAGGCAGCCACUCCGGAAUAGUGAUUCCCAAACCCCAGUCGCCUAACUAGCAGAUAUCGGGGUAGUUUAGGAUUUUUCUUAGAAAUUAUUUGGUCUGUUCAUUUGAAAAAUCCGUUUUCUCUCUCUCUAUAUAUUCUUGCCACCUCCGACCCUCGCACUAUCUUCUCUCACGUUGUCCUCUUUACCCUGAACAGAAACGCCAAUCCCAGAUCCCUUUCUACUUUCGCCGGAGAAGAGCGCGAUAAAGACAUAGAUUCACCUCCCUUCUCUCAUUUCUCUUCCAGUCUUUCUCUGGUUACGUUGUCGUCUUUUCAUUCAUCUUGACUCUCUUUCUUUGAAGUUUGCUGGAGGGAACGGGGGAUAGAUUUUGGGUUGGUGGAUGAGAUGACAUCGAGGGCCGUUAAUUCGCGCCACGCACUCGAAGCCUGCACCCUCCAGCUGCACGCCUGGAAGCCGUUCCAGAUCCAAGCCUUACCCGUCGAUCCCCCCAAUCCCUACUCCUUACGCUCUAAAAAACCUUGCCGCUCUGACCGAUCGACUGCUCCGCCUCUCACAGCUGACGGGGUUGAGUUCUUUCGGCUGUCCCUUCUUGACGACCCUAAUCCUCCAAGGGCCCGGGAGGAGAGGGAGUUCCGGUGGCUAGUUCCGCAGAAGAGGAGGCGGAGGGGUUCCCGAUCGGUGUCUGGCAGGAGCAGCGAUCGGAGCGGAAUACGGCGGCGUGGUGGUUGUGGCGGCGCUUCGGCAGCGAACGCCACGUGUUCCGACUUCCCACCGGUGACCUAUGGGACUGACUCCAGUGGUGAGCUAUUUCUGAGCGUGGACGGGAGCUGGGGAUCGGACGUUAGUGAGGCAAGGGUUUUGAGGAGGGAGGGAGCUGGCGGCGAAGGAUCAUCAUUCGGAUUGUAUCCUGGUGGACUUGAUUCGCAGGGUAAUGAGUCAGGAUAUGGCAGCGAGACUGGAUACAGAGGGGAUGCUGAAUUUGGGUAUGGAGAUGAGGUUGACGAGGAAGAUGAAGAUGGAAAACAUCUGUUUUGGGGUGGAAGAUUUGUUGAAACCAAGAGGAUAGAAGUUGUUGGCGAGAAUAAUUUUACAGAACAAAAGGCUCACCACCGGUGCAGGCGGAAGAAGUGAUUUGAGAGUAUUUGCUCCUCCGAGAUGAUAGCUGAUUAGAAUCCUCGAAAUACUCGGCAUCAUGCUCCAAAACUGUCAAUUGUUUAUUAUUGAUUACUGUAUGAUGCUUAUAAUCAUGCAUUGUCAUUUCCUUUUUUUUUUAUUUCGAGUUCUAUAUUAGAACUUUAUUCAGAACUGCAACUCGGAUUGUGUAGAUUGUUUAU